AUGUUACAAUCCUUCAAAUUCAAAUUCAAUCUUGAUACACGUUACCGUGCAUGUCUCUAUGCCGAACUGGAUAUACCCAAUAUAAACGCUGAAGUUAUGACAAUGGGAAUAAUUUGCGAAGAAUAUGGAUUGCAAAUUAGUUUUGGUUGCUUUGGUAGUUUUGGUGCUGGAUGUGCAGUGAAUUUUAAUGUUGAAAAAAUGAAAAAGAAAGAGAAGGGUAUAGAGGAGGACGUCGAAAAACUAUCUCAUCGUCAACUUAUGAAUAUGCGUCAGUAUGGUCCAACAUUUGGUAAAGAUAAUAAACGUCAUCCGACAGAUCAACAUGAAACUGAAUCCUAUAAAACAUUUUUAUCAAGUGCAGCAUCACGUAUAGUUUAUACCACAGCCAGAGAUGGACAACUCCAAUUCCGAAGUUGA